GAGUCCGGACUCCGAAGGCGAAUGCGGUACGGAAAAAAACAAGGAUUGCUAGAGAGACAAGACGUUACACUUCACCUCGAGAACAUUAGUCCUUUAUUUUGGAACAUCAUUACGAAACCCUCUUGGGUUGCAUGAUUGCUCCAACUGGCUAAAGAUCUCCAGUAUAAACAAUAGGAUGCUGUGUAGUCUUGGCUGGUGACUGUCUGCAGGCUCUCAUCUUUUUCCUGGAGUCUGCGUGUUCGGGGGCACCUGCGUAAGUGGCAGAGCCUCCCCCAGCGAGCCAGAGUGUUUUGACCCUGCGCGUACCUGAACCAGGUGACCUGACCGCGUCCGUCGUCACACGUGUCGGUCAGCGCUCGUCCACCUCGGAUUGGCACCGCUCACCUACUACCCAAGGAGACCGCUGCCACUGCAGGCCACCGCCCUCUCUGCCUGACCCCCUGACCCCCCCCCCCCCCAUCCCCGGCUCUGCCCGUACCGCCCUGUCACCAUGGUGCUGUCACAACGGCAACGAGACGAACUAAAUCGAGCGAUAGCUGAUUACCUGCGUUCCAACGGAUAUGAAGAGGCCUAUUCAGUUUUCAAGAAGGAGGCGGAAAUAGACAUGAAUGAAGAAUUGGAUAAGAAGUAUGCCGGCCUUUUGGAAAAGAAAUGGACCUCAGUCAUCAGAUUACAAAAGAAGGUCAUGGAGCUGGAGUCGAAGCUGAACGAGGCGAAGGAGGAGAUCACCCUGGGUGGGCCCGUCACUCAGAAGCGGGACCCCAAAGAGUGGAUCCCACGCCCGCCCGAGAAGUAUGCGCUGAGCGGCCACCGCAGCCCGGUCACCCGUGUCAUCUUCCACCCCGUGUUCAGCGUCAUGGUCUCGGCCUCCGAGGACGCCACCAUCAAGGUCUGGGACUACGAGACGGGAGACUUUGAGCGCACGCUGAAGGGCCACACAGACUCGGUGCAGGACAUCUCCUUUGACCAGACUGGCAAGCUGCUGGCCUCCUGCUCCGCAGACAUGACCAUCAAGCUGUGGGACUUCCAAGGCUUUGAGUGCAUCAGAACCAUGCAUGGACAUGACCAUAAUGUUUCAUCUGUAGCCAUCAUGCCCAACGGAGAUCACAUAGUGUCAGCAUCGAGGGACAAAACCAUCAAAAUGUGGGAGGUGGCCACUGGCUACUGUGUGAAGACCUUCACGGGCCACAGGGAGUGGGUGCGCAUGGUGCGGCCCAACCAGGACGGCACCCUGAUCGCCAGCUGCUCCAACGACCAGACGGUGCGCGUGUGGGUGGUGGCCUCCAAGGAGUGCAAGGCGGAGCUGCGGGAGCACGAGCACGUGGUGGAGUGCAUCUCCUGGGCCCCGGAGAGCGCCCACCCCACCAUCCUGGAGGCCACAGGGUCAGAGACUAAGAAGAGUGGCAAGCCUGGCCCCUUUCUGCUAUCUGGCUCUAGAGACAAGACCAUCAAGAUGUGGGACGUCAGCAUCGGCAUGUGCCUUAUGACACUGGUUGGUCAUGACAACUGGGUGCGUGGGAUGCUGGUCCACCCCGGAGGCAAGUUCAUCGUGAGCUGUGCUGACGACAAAACCUUAAGGAUCUGGGACUACAAGAACAAGCGCUGCAUGAAGACUCUGAGUGCCCACGAACACUUUGUUACCUCUCUGGAUUUCCACAAGGCUGCUCCGUAUGUUGUAACCGGAAGUGUAGAUCAAACAGUAAAAGUUUGGGAGUGCCGCUGAUUGGACCCUAGAAGAUUGGAACGCCAUCCCAACCCCCCUGUCCCUCUAGCCGAUACCACCCAGCCCUCUCCUCAUUCCACCCCAACCACAUCCCAUCAACCAUUUCCGUCUCCUUUGACUGCACUCAAACCAUGGUUAUUACCCAUCGCCCUCUGGUCCAAUAACUAUUGUCCUUUUAUGUAAAUUAUUCUGGAUGUAGAUUGAGCUAUUAAAUGUUACACAAAAAAAGUAUUCUUGCAUGGUGAAUCCAAAAUUGUAUACUGUAAAUUUACAUAACGUUGUCUAGAAGUACCAUAGGUUUAACAUGAGGCUGGCCGUCUGUCAACGCAGCCUUACCUAUUGAAGGCAGAUGUUUUUUGACUGGGUGUUUAAAAAAAAAAAGAGGAAAAAAAAGAAAAAUAGUAGGGCACUAAAAACUGGUAAUUUAAAAAUGACAGUGUCGUUCUUUGUGUCAGAUUUAUUUUUGUCAAUUUUUUUUUAUUUAGGAUUUUGUUUGUUUUUCUCUUAUUUCUCUCCUUUCACUGUCGUAGUCUGUCGGUGCCUAGCUUGGUAACCUUUUGAGGGGAAACGACGACAAAAGGAAAAGUGUAAUCCCUUAAUGGAGAUAUGAUUGUCUGUGGGGCUUUGUUAUUGGAAUAAUCUGUAGCUUUGUAACAUCACUUCUGAAGUGUAAUUACCAUUUCUCUUCAUGUGGAACUAGAUAAUAUAUUAAUGGCUGCAUAUACGAAUGUUUUAAACUGUUGUCUUUGGACCUCUGGGGUGAAAAAGCUUUGUACUCUUGUCAUGGCGAUGCGUCCUAACUGAGAAGCUAACCACUCUGAUAGACUUAAAAUGGAAUAUCCUCCUAAAUUAAUUAUGCUUCGGGUUCAAGAAUAAAUUUAUGAUAUUCCUUCUCUGGCUUUCUGAAUAGCCUGGCUAAUGUGCAGUUGGGACCCACCUUUAACGAUUCAGGUUAACGGUCGGCGUAAAGUGAGGUUAUGCAACCUGAAACGGUAUGUUUUGCCUGGUUUUGAGCAUUACUGCAGCCGCUGGUGAGCAAUCAGCCUUUCACUAGCAACUGGUCCUGUACAGACAUCAGGGAUUAAUCUUUAGCUCUCCAUAAGGACCUACGGUGUCUCCCACUGUAAGAUGUCUAGCUGUGACGUCUCAAGUCUUACUGAUUUAUAUUUGACUUAACCCUGUCUCUCUCUAUCCUUUUUAUGGAUAAGUUCUCGACAGGGUUUUACAGUCUCUAUUAAAUCAUGCAAGCAAUUUGACGCUCAGUUGUUUAGAAUGCUGAGUCUCUAGGUUGUAUGUUAGAGAGGUUGAGCUUUAGCCUUUGAUAAGUUAGGUUAAUUCUGAGUGACUGUCUCAGAUGUCAAAGCCUGACAAGGAGUCAAAGUUGCCCUGUUGGUUUAUUUGGGGAUGUGCAAAGCUGUCUCCUGGGGAGGGGGGGAAAGAGUUUUGCAUUCUUAGGGAGGACAAACAUGAAAUUAAGACAUAUGGUUUUUGCUUUUUCUUAUUUUGUGGCGGUGAAAAAGAUGAAAUGUUAACCAAGCAUGUUACUGAGGGAAGCGCCAAAUCUGUGUUUUGACCAAACUGGUGAACUGUAGGGAGAUGAAUCAAAAGUGAAGAAAUGCCAUCAGCUGACAUGCUAGCAUGUUUGUGCAUUUUUUGGAGGCGGUCUGGUUUUGGUGAUUAAGAAAUCUUUAUCCCUAAGGUGCUGUGCAGUUCCCUCAUCACAGCCUUGUUCUUAGUCUAGGGCUAGACUAGGCUGAGCACAGGAGAAUGCUCAACGCUUUAGCAGAAUGGAUCUCUGGGCAAAGUAUGCUGACUGACUGAAACAUUUACAGAAUUUCUCCUGAGUGGCACCUCGUUCUCCUAUUCUGUUCAUAUUCUGAUAUUGGAUGCUACAUGUACAAAAGAGGAAACCAGAGACGAUUCCAAUUCCUAUCAACAAUGGAGACCAACCAUUCCAUUCCCCUUUAAAAAAAAUAAAAAAAAAUAAUAAUAA